AGCCGAGCUGCGGGAGCUGGUGGGGGCGGGGUGAGACACGCGUUUAACCUCCGAGACCCGAGGUUUUCUCUAACGCGGCGGUGAGAGCGGUUGUGCCUUCUUGCACCAGACCUGUACCCCCCGCUGCUCUUGUUUGGGAAUGAGGACUCACCUGCCUUCCCUGGGAAUGAGGAGCUGUGUUGCUUCCGGGGUGCUUGUGGAUAGAUCAGAAAACUGAGGCUCAGAGAUGACUUGACUUACAGCAAGAUUUCAUUCCAGAAUCCCUAUGGCUUUCUCUCCGGGGCCUUGGGGGUCCCUUCUAAACCCUGUCAGCAGAGCACUAAGCCAGCGGUAUUUCAGCACCACAGAGGCCCUUGGAGCAAUACAGAAGAUGACAAGAGUACGCGUGGUAGACAAUAGUGCUCUGGGGAACACUGCAUACCACCGCCCCCCUCGGUGCAUCCACGUCUACAAUAAGACCGGAGUGGGCAGGGUGGGAGACCGGAUCCUGCUGGCCAUCAAGGGGCAGAAGAAGAAGGCCCUCAUUGUGGGGCACCGAAUGCCUGGGCCCCGAAUGACACCAAGGUUUGAUUCAAACAAUGUGGUCCUCAUUGAAGACAAUGGGAACCCGGUGGGUACCCGCAUCAAGGUACCAAUUCCAACGAGUCUCCGGCGGCUGGAAGGCGAGUAUUCCAAAGUGCUUGCCAUCGCCCAGACCUUUGUAUGAGAGGCCAGGGACCCUGACUGCAGGAGGUGCUCUUGGAGGGAGACAAUUCACAGAGCAGUCCCCAACUAAGAAUAGGACUUGGGGAAAAGGGAGGAUUUUCCCUUUCUUCCUUCUUCCCCCAGGAUGGAGGGAGAACUAAAUUCUGUGAAGUAAUAAAAAUAUUUUAUGUGUA